AUGCCGGGGGGCAAGAGAGGGCUGGUGGCACCGCAGAACACAUUUUUGGAGAACAUCGUCAGGCGCUCCAGUGAAUCAAGUUUCUUACUGGGAAAUGCCCAGAUUGUGGAUUGGCCUGUAGUUUAUAGUAAUGACGGUUUUUGUAAACUCUCUGGCUAUCAUCGAGCUGACGUCAUGCAGAAAAGCAGCACUUGCAGUUUUAUGUAUGGGGAACUGACUGACAAGAAGACCAUUGAGAAAGUCAGGCAGACUUUUGACAACUACGAGUCAAACUGCUUUGAGGUUCUUCUGUACAAGAAAAACAGAACCCCUGUUUGGUUUUAUAUGCAAAUUGCACCAAUAAGAAAUGAACAUGAGAAGGUGGUCUUGUUUCUCUGCACUUUCAAAGAUAUUACAUUGUUCAAACAGCCAAUAGAGGAUGAUUCGACAAAAGGUUGGACAAAAUUUGCCCGAUUGACGCGGGCUUUGACAAAUAGCCGAAGUGUUUUGCAGCAGCUCACGCCAAUGAACAAAACAGAGGUGGUCCACAAACAUUCAAGAUUAGCUGAAGUUCUUCAGCUGGGAUCAGAUAUCCUUCCUCAGUAUAAGCAAGAAGCGCCAAAGACGCCACCACACAUUAUUUUACACUAUUGUGCUUUUAAAACUACUUGGGAUUGGGUGAUUUUAAUUCUUACCUUCUACACCGCCAUUAUGGUUCCUUAUAAUGUUUCCUUCAAAACAAAACAGAACAACAUAGCCUGGCUGGUGCUGGACAGUGUGGUGGAUGUUAUUUUUCUGGUUGACAUUGUUUUAAAUUUUCACACGACCUUUGUGGGGCCUGGUGGAGAGGUCAUUUCUGACCCCAAGCUCAUAAGGAUGAACUAUCUGAAAACUUGGUUUGUGAUCGAUUUGCUCUCUUGUUUACCUUAUGACAUCAUCAAUGCCUUUGAAAAUGUGGAUGAGGGGAUCAGCAGUCUCUUCAGUUCUUUGAAAGUGGUGCGUCUCCUACGACUGGGUCGUGUUGCUAGGAAACUGGACCAUUACCUGGAGUACGGAGCAGCGGUCCUUGUGCUCCUGGUGUGUGUAUUUGGACUUGUCGCCCACUGGCUGGCCUGCAUAUGGUACAGCAUUGGGGACUACGAGGUCAUCGACGAAGUCACAAACACCAUCCAAAUAGAUAGUUGGCUCUACCAGCUUGCUUUGAGCAUUGGGACUCCAUAUAGAUACAACACCAGUGCAGGGAUAUGGGAAGGAGGUCCCAGCAAGGAUUCACUGUAUGUGUCCUCCCUCUAUUUUACCAUGACAAGCCUUACAACCAUUGGAUUUGGAAACAUAGCUCCUACCACAGAUGUGGAGAAGAUGUUUUCGGUGGCCAUGAUGAUGGUUGGCUCUCUUCUUUAUGCAACUAUUUUUGGAAAUGUUACCACAAUUUUCCAGCAAAUGUAUGCCAACACCAACCGAUACCAUGAGAUGCUGAAUAAUGUACGGGACUUUCUGAAACUCUAUCAGGUCCCCAAAGGCCUUAGUGAGAGAGUCAUGGAUUAUAUUGUGUCAACAUGGUCCAUGUCAAAAGGCAUUGACACAGAGAAGGUCCUCUCCAUCUGUCCCAAGGACAUGAGAGCUGAUAUCUGUGUUCAUCUAAACCGGAAGGUUUUUAAUGAACAUCCUGCUUUCCGAUUGGCCAGCGAUGGGUGUCUGCGCGCCCUGGCGGUAGAGUUCCAAACCAUUCACUGUGCUCCUGGGGACCUCAUUUACCAUGCUGGAGAAAGUGUGGAUGCUCUCUGCUUUGUGGUGUCGGGAUCCUUGGAAGUCAUCCAGGAUGACGAGGUGGUGGCUAUUUUAGGGAAAGGUGAUGUAUUUGGAGACAUCUUCUGGAAGGAAACCACCCUUGCUCAUGCUUGUGCCAAUGUCCGGGCACUGACAUAUUGUGAUCUACACAUCAUCAAGCGAGAAGCCUUGCUCAAAGUUCUGGACUUUUAUACGGCUUUUGCAAACUCAUUCUCCAGGAAUCUCACCCUUACUUGCAAUCUAAGGAAACGGAUCAUUUUCCGUAAAAUCAGUGAUGUGAAAAAGGAGGAGGAGGAGCGCCUGAGGCAGAAGAAUGAGGUAACCCUCAGCAUCCCUGUGGACCACCCAGUCAGAAAGCUCUUCCAGAAGUUCAAGCAGCAGAAGGAGCUGCGGAAUCAGGGAUCCACGCAGAGCGACCCCGAGCGGAAUCAACUGCAGGCAGAAAGCCGCUCCUUGCAGAACGGAGCCUCCAUCACCGGCACCAGCGUGGUGACCGUGUCACAGAUCACGCCCAUCCAGACGUCUCUGGCCUAUGUGAAAACCAGUGAAUCCCUCAAGCCAAACAAUCGCGAUGCCAUGGAACUCAAGCCCAAUGGUGGUGCUGACCAGAAAUGUCUCAAAGUCAACAGCCCAAUCAGAAUGAAAAACGGAAAUGGAAAGGGGUGGCUGCGACUCAAGAAUAAUACGGGAGCUCAUGAGGAGAAAAAGGAAGACUGGAAUAAUGUCACCAAAGCUGAGUCGAUGGGGUUAUUAUCAGAGGAUCCCAAGAGCAGUGACUCAGAGAACAGUGUGACCAAAAACCCAUUAAGGAAAACAGACUCUUGUGACAGUGGAAUUACAAAAAGUGACCUUCGUUUGGAUAAGGCUGGUGAGACGCGAAGUCCCCUAGAGCACAGUCCCAUUCAGGCCGAUGCCAAGCAUCCCUUUUAUCCCAUCCCCGAGCAGGCCUUACAAACCACACUGCAGGAAGUCAAGCAUGAACUCAAAGAGGACAUCCAGCUGCUAAGCUGCAGAAUGACUGCCCUGGAAAAGCAGGUGGCAGAAAUUUUAAAAAUACUCUCAGAAAAGAGCGUGCCCCAGGCCUCUUCUCCCAAAUCCCAAAUGCCACUCCAAGUACCUCCCCAAAUACCAUGUCAGGAUAUUUUUAGUGUUUCAAGGCCUGAGUCACCUGAAUCAGAUAAAGAUGAAAUCCACUUUUAAUAUAUAUAUAUACAUAUAUAUAUUUGUUAAUAUAUUAAAAACCGUAUAUACAGCUAUAUACAUAUGUGUAUAUAUAGUAUAUACAUAUAUAUAUAUUUUCACUUGCUUUCAAUAUGAUGAACACAAUAUGGAUUUUGAUAUGUAUAUAUUGCAUGUCCAGCUGGAUUCUGGCCUGCCACAGAAGAUGAUUAAAAUAUAGAUUAUUGCUUGUAUAUUAUGCAGUUGACUGCAUGCACACCUUACAUUUAUUUAUAUUCUCUAUAAUAAAAAAGGAUGAUUUUUCUUAACCAAGGCAAUGUACUAUUUGAAGAAUCAGGGUCCAACCUGCCAAUGUUGCUAUGACAAAUUUGAUCUCAGGCUGAGUAUAUUGAGCUGUGAUUUCCUUGCUCUUCUGUUAAAUUUAAAUUAUAGAUUAAUGCCAAGAA